AUGAGAUCUUGCCUCGAGAUUCUUUUGCUCGUUGGCAGUGCCGUCGGUGCUCCUACGAUCUUGGAGCUAGAUCGCCGCGACGACCCUUCUCUGGUUCCUGUUGACCUUACUGAUGGCCCAUCUGUAUCCUGGAAGUGUGGUAGUACCACGUUCGAUUCCAAAUCGAUCUACCAGGCGGCUCAGUACGGAACUCUGCUUGAGAACGCUGGCAUGACAAGGGGUAAAGAGAGUUACCAGCAUCAAUUUAACAACUAUGAGGGCGUUGCCCUUUCCUCCAAAUGCGUAGCAGAGGAUGUAAACAUGAAGGAGUAUCCUAUUAUUGCUGGGACCACAUAUUAUAAUGGUGGCAAAAAUAAUCGGAACACAGGAGACCAUCGGAUUGUCUAUCUGCACAAUACUGCCGAUUAUAGUGGCGUGGAGAGUAACCCUAUAUCUACCUUUUGUGGUCUAAUCACCCAUGAAGGGGCCUCCGGAGGACAAUUCCUAGCUUGCACCCAAGCGUAA